AUGAAGUUCCUUCUGGUCCUCAGCGGUCUUUCCCAAUUGGCCUCUGCCCACUACUUCUUCGACAAGGUCAUCUCCAACGGGGCUGCUACCGAGAAAUACGUUCGCAAGUCAACUCGACCAACCGCGUACAAUCCCAUCAAGUUCUCUUCCAACCCUGCCGCAGACCUCCGAGACGGCUCGACCAUUGACGGGCCCGAUGCUCGCUGCAACCAGGGCGCCUUCACAAACGCCGCGAGCACAGAUGUCUUAACCGUCGCUGCAGGUUCCGAGGUCCGUGUCCAGCUCGGUGUCGGUGCUACCAUGCAGCACCCCGGCCCUGGCCUUGUAUACAUGUCGCGUGCACCGAACGACAACGUCAAAGCCUACGAUGGCUCUGGCGACUGGUUCAAGAUUUUUGAGGAAGGUGUCUGCAGCCAGAGCGCAGACUUCACCAAGAACGCCUGGUGCACAUAUGACAGAAACUGGCUGGCCGCUACCAUCCCCUCCGACACACCCGCCGGCGAGUACCUCGUCCGCUUCGAGCACAUUGGCAUCCACCGCUCUCACGUGAACCAGCCUGAGCACUACGUCUCCUGCGUCCAGGUCAAGGUCACCGGGGGCGGCAGCGGGACCCCAAGCCCUACGGUCAAGUUCCCCGGCGCCUAUAAAUCCACCGACGGCUACGCCAACUUCAGCAUUUACAAUGGAUACAAGGCUUUCACGAUGCCUGGGCCCGCUGUCUGGGGAGGCGGUAACUCUGGUACUGGUAAUUCAAACAAAGGGGCCGAUGAAACCACAGUCCCGGCUUCUUCUGCCACUUCUGCCCCGGUUUCUUCUGAAACCCCUGUUCCAAGUUCCGGUGAAGGAUGUGCCGCUCGGUUCGGCCAGUGCGGCGGGAAGUCGUUUGAUGGUGCCAAUUGCUGCGCCACGGGUCAAUGCCGGGAGCUAAACCAGUGGUAUUCUCAAUGCGUAUAG